AACCGUCCUGCGAGCGGGACACUGGGCACGCGUCACCGUCUCUUGCUUGGAGAUGCGCGUCAGGGGAGAACGAGAGCCAAUCUGCUUCAGCACGUAGACGAUCGUAAUUCAGAAAGCCCCCGUCUCGCGCUCCCAUUCCCCUCAGAGCACCCUUCUGCUGACUCAGUGCCUUAAAGCACUCGGUUUCUCGCCACCGAACGGAACUGCGACGCGCGCUCAGACACCACAGACCGUCACCGCACCGACAACAGCAGACAUGGCUAAAACUGCAAUCGCCUACAAAGAGAAGAUGAAGGAGCUGUCCCUCAUCAACCUCAUCUGUUCCUGUUUCCACACGGAGGCCAAAAACAACCUGAUUGGCCAGUUUGAAGACAUGGAGGUGAAGCCCAUUAACAAGCGAGCCUCAGGGCAGGCGUUUGAGGUGAUUCUGAAGUCGCCCUCCCCCACCUCCGAUGGCAACUACAGCAUCAGCACCCCACCCAAGAAGAGGGACCUCUCCCUGGAGGACAUCCAGAAGAAGCUGGAGGCUGCAGAGGACCGGAGGAGAUCCCAGGAGGCGCAGGUCCUGAAGGCUCUGGCAGAGAAGCGUGAGCAUGAACGCGACGUGCUCCUCAAGGCCAUGGAGGAGAACAGCAACUUCAGCCGGAUGGCCGAGGAGAAGCUGUCCGUCAAGAUGGAGCAGAUCCGCGAGAACAGGGAGGCCUACCUGGCAGCCAUGAUGGAACGCCUCCAGGAGAAGGAGAGGCAUGCCCAGGUGGUUCGCAGGAACAAGGAGCUGAGGGAAGAGCUGACAGCAUGAACACCCCCUCACCACCACCACCACUACUCCACACACAAACACACACACACACACACACACACACACACACACACACACCUUCCCCUCCUCGCUGCAGCCUGAAGAAAAGCCUUGGACACCGCGAGGGAGUCUCCACCGGCCCACGUGACCUAAUCAUGACCCCCAUAGGCCCCGCCCCCUGCCCACGUGACCUCAUCAUGACCCCCAUAAGCCCCACCCCUUGCUCUUUGACCUGCGUCACCAUACCAACAGCAUUAUAUGCCAACAGCGCUAAAACAUAAAAGAGUUCCUCCUACGAUGACUACGACAUGCCCCACUCCCCCAACCAACAAAUGUUUUCGCUCGAUUUUGAAAAAAAAAAAAAGUACACAAAAGUGAAAAGUGGGUCUUGUUUUUUUUGUAAAUACUUCCUUCUUUGUUAUAUAUGGGAUGAUGAAAAGUAUUGCGGUGUGCCAUUUUAUAAUUUCCCCCGUCUCUCUCUCUCUCUCUCUCCCUCCCUCCCUCUCUCUCUCUCUCUCUCUAUCCCCCCCAUACCUGCUGGCAUUUCCCUUCUUCUCUAUUGGCUUUCGGUGUUUGUGAGUUUGCUGGAUAGCUGCCGUUUGCUGCCUGUCUUUCUCACCCAAUCCCGUGUGUGUGUGUGUGUGUGUGUGUGUGUGUGUGAGCGGAGCUUUCUCUGCACAUACACACACACACACACACACGCACACAUACACACACACACACACACACACACACUUACAGACUCACACACACACUUGCGGACUCAUAUACAUACAUAUAAAUAAAGUACACACACACACACACAGGACCCUGGGUGAGAAGAUGUGUGUAGAUAAACAAGCAUUUAUGAGCCAUAUCUGUGUGCGCUGUGUGUCUGUCCGCUCUUUCUUCCAACACACACACACACACACACACACACACACACACACACACACACACACACACACACACACACAUGCUCUGUAGGAAUUUGCUGUAAUAGUACAUAUCGUUCAAGAGGAACAAGCAAAGUCCUGCUCUACAAGCUUUGAUGGACACCAGUCCCUCCUGCCCAUCUCUCUCUCUCUCUCACACACACACACACCAUACCACACACACCCACACACACACACACACACACACACACGUGUGAGAGUGAGAGAGAGUGUUUUCUUCCUGUGUCUCAGUCCUCUCUCCGUUGACUCCACCCAAUCCCAACAAGGUGCGCCAGAGAGUGCUGCCCCCAGGGAAACGUGUCAGAACACAGUGGUUCCCACUUCUCUGGAGCGCCACUGUGGAACAGCGUUCUGGGAGAGACAAAAGUGCUCAGAGCCGUGUGAACAGACCUUUAGAAACAUGUGUUUAUGCACAGCAGUUCGCAGGAGGUGUGUGUGUGUGUGUGUUUGUUUGUGUGUAAGCAAGGAAUAUAUGCAUUCUCUGUAAGGUAGACAGUGGUUAUGUGUGUGUGUGUGUGUGUCUUUCUCAGUCCUAUUGAAAGGCUUCUCUGAGGAAUAGGAUCAGAUUGUAUACACUCUCUGUCACAGACUGUCCUUGCCCCAACACCACUACCCCCAACCUGCCCCGUUGCCCCAUGGGAGUUGUACACCUGUCUGCAUCUUCUACCCCUGCCCACCCCCCCUCACUGAUAUCUUUGUGAGCAAGUUGUGCUGAAUAAAGGUUUGGGGUUCUGUGAAUGAGA